AUGUCAGUGAUGAUGAUGUCACAGUGUUUUCUGAUGUUUCUCUGGAGUUUCUGUGGCGAACCAUCAUCAGAUCUCACAUCAUUCAACAUCAGUGACGCGAACACAACAACAUCACCCUGUCUCAUUCAGAUCGGCGAUGUGCCAUACAUUACAUGUGGUGAAGCUGUCUAUAACUCCACCACAGAACAAAACACCAUCAUCCCCUGGACAACAAACACAUUUAACGUCUCCACCACAGACAGCUCAACAACACCAGCAGUCGUCAAUCCGUCGCCAUCUGCCGUCACAACAAACACAGCAGCACCCGUUACACGACAUUCAUCUCCUCCGACAGAAUCCACAUCACACACGGACACAACUGCAUCCAUCAACUGUACGUUUGACCCCUGCGCUGACCUCCAGGUGACCUGCAGGUGUUCACGUGUGACAUCAUCAGACGCUCCCGAGAGCCUUCUGUCGGUGGCCGUUCGAGCUUUAACUCACAGCGUGGCACGAGUUGAGUGGUGUGCUCACUGUUCACCUGCGCUGCAGUAUGAGGUUGUUUUCAGCCGUGGAGGUUUAACGCAGAAGACGCUGAGAUUGAGUUCUGCAGCCCGUCAGGUGUUUGUGUCCGAGCUGACGGCCGAACACGUGUAUCGCGUCUGCGUGCGUGCGCUUCAGGGAAGAAACUCAUCAGCACCCAAAUGCACUUCUGUUGAGAUGGACACGAACGCAGAGCUGCGCGUGCACGUUCUUAUAGUGAAGUGUGUCAUCCUCACUCUGACUGUAAUAACACAAACCUUCUGUCUGAUCAAGCUGUGCCGAAAACAACCGGCGGAGAACCCACAUCUAACCAGACUCAUCUCCAUUCCUAAUCCUGCAUUUUACAACCCAUAA